GUACGCAAUAGGUAGGUACAUGCAUAUCUAGGGUGUAGAUCAUCCUUGUAAGCUGUAUUAGUGGGUCGAUUUGCGCUCUAUCAUUCAAUCCAUCUUGAACUUUACUUCAUCCUUCACUCGUAAUCCAAAUGCUGAGGCUCGCUUCGGAACUCCUCAGUAUUUGCAAUAUAUAGCAAAAUCAACACCAUCACCCUACUAUACUAUGGUUAACGACCAUACCGAAAUAUCAUUUGCCAAUUUCAACUUUUGCAAGAAUAAAAAACUCAAGACAUACAUAGACAUUGAAGACACGAGCUCUUAUCGGGAAUGAAUAUUUGACCUGACAAUGCUCCGAUAAAAGCAUCGUCUAUGCUGGGUAUGCCCAAUCGCUAUUUCGAGUAGCUCGAUAUCUUAGAGCACAAAAGCCAUGGGCUGCUGCUUCUCACGGCCCGCUGGCCCUAAUGCACCCUACCCAGGUAGCAACGCCUCAUCUCCUUCUGCGCAUGCCAUCAACUCGCCGCCACCUCUACACCCAUCCGCUACAGAUGAAAGCGCGCCAGCCUCGCGAGCCGUGUCUCGCUCCCAUCAAUCACCUCAGUCUCCAACGCAUCCACAGCAGCCUCACUCUCACCACCACCAUCAUAGAAUCCACGGCAGCCCAUCGCCACUAUCGCAACACAUAGAUAAACCCUUACGACAUCACCAAUGGGUUGCGCGAGAUCGCCCAUGGACGCGUUCACAGUUGGAUACCGAGCGGGCUGACUUUUUCGAUACCCGAGUUACCGGACGGCCUGAAGUAUGGCAAGUCCUUAAGGCAGCACUAGCAGUCCUUUGGGAAGCGGAUGAGAUCCGCGCGACCGGCGGGGAGCCGACGGAUGAUGAUGGAACAGGCGGGAUAGCUACAGCGCAAAGCAUACUAAGAGCAGCCGAAAUCACGUUGCCAACGGGUGACUUGUCGAACGGUGUAUACGAUUCCCUAGGAAAUUAUUAUGCAUUGCCGGAAUGGAUUGUUUGCGACCCCACAAACGUAACCGAAGAGGACGAUGUCAAGAAGAGCAAAGCUGACGGCAAUCUUACCGUCGAAGAAGAUACCACAGAAUUAGACGAAGACGAAGCUCUACAGCGAAGAGAGGAGAAGGGCAAAGCCGUUGUUGAUAUACGGGAUAUGGUGAAAGUCCGUGCCAGACUCAGCGAGAACCUGCCUGAUGUGGUCGUCAGUGUAGGCCUUGAGGAGAAUGUGAGAAGUCUUGCGAGAAAAGUGGCUGAAGAUUCAAGGCUUCCCUCGACAAAGCGCAUACGCGUAGCCUACAUGGGCAAAAUUCUCAAAGAAAACUUAUCUUUGCAAAGCCAGGGAUGGAAGAAAGGUCAUAUUGUCAAUGCGCUAGUCUUCGACCGGUAACAACGAUCAAUUGUGUUGUAGUCUCUGGCAAUCUACUAUGCACGAUUACGGGGCCGCCUCCAGGCUGUCUCUAUAUUUCACGACAUGAUUUUGAAUACCUACCUACCUAGGUACUUAUGUACCAUCUACUACUUACCAUUUUGCACUUAGGGACCCACCCCGGGCCGUGUCUAGUCAGCAAGGUUGAAGCUCUAGGAGUCAUGCGGGUCCUCUUUAGGAAAUGCGACGGAGCAUAGCAUUAGGAAAGGCAUUAUACGAAACUCAUGUCCACUCACAUUUAAGGAGUGAACAUCAAAUACUAAUCAAACCAGUAAUACAUCAUAUCACUUAAUUGUAUACAAGGACAGCGAAGGGUCUGUCUCCUUAUAGCUCUUUUAAAUAUACAAAGUUGCCCUUAGAGGAUUGUA